AUGAGAGGAAUCAUACUUGCAGUGACUCUGGCUGUGGUGGGAUGCCAGCAGAUAAAAUAUGAGCCUAUAUUCCCUGGCAAGAAAACCUACCAGUACAAAUAUGAAGGCUCAUUGAUGAAUGGUGUAUCUGAGAAUGACUUGGUGAGAGCGGGUAUGAAAAUCAUCUCAGAUGUGGCCAUCACUGAGAUUGCUCAAAACACCUACGUGCUGCAGAUGGUGAAUCCUCUCAUCCAGGAGUACAAUGGUGUUUGGCCUAAUGCUCCAUUUAUUUCCAUGGCAAAGCUAGUCCAAGCCCUGAAACAGCAGCUCGUUCAGCCAGUUAAGUUUGAGUAUAAUGGUGGGCAUGUGGGUCAGAUCUUCACACCUGCUGGUCUGUCUAAUACUGUGGUCAACAUCCACAGGGGCAUUCUGAGCAUGCUCCAGGUGACGGUGAAAACCACUCAGACUGUCUACCAGCUGCAGGAGCCUGACAUUGCAGGAACCUGCCAUACCAGCUAUGUCCUCCAGCAGGAAAGUGGAAGUGACCAAAUCAUCAUCACAAAAUCAAAGGACCUGACCAAUUGUGAUGAGAAAGUACAGAAGUUUACUGGCAUGGCUUACAUUCAGAAGCCCACCAUGCAUAAUGAGGUUGCAAAGACCAGUUUGGGCACUGCAGCCUACAUGUAUGUCUUGAAACCCCUUAAAAACAGUCCUGGUCUACUGAUUGCUGAGGUGACCUCCAAAGGUGUAUAUCAGUUUUCACCAUUAAAUGAUGAAGGUGAAGCAUCUCUCAGUGAGGCCAGUCAGAAACUCAUCCUCGCAGAAGUGAAGGAAGCGCAUGGAAGUUUUCCAGACCUGGAGUUUCAGAAACGGGGAACCAUUCAAUAUCAGUUUGCUUCAGAAUUUCAUCAAGCCCCUACAUUUUUUCUCAGAAUAGAGAAUGUAGAGGCUGAGGUAAUAAAUGCUCUGCAGCAACUGGUACUGAAAAAUGUUGAGAGAGUCCACAAGGAUGCACCAAAUGAGUUCCUUAAGUUAGUCCAACUGUUGCAGACUUGUACCUAUGAGAACAUUAAUGGAGUAUGGAAGCAGUAUGCAAAAUCCCCACAAUACAGGAGUUGGCUCCUGGAUGCGUUACCAGCCGUUGGGAACUCAGUAUCUUUCAGAUUUAUUGCUGAAAUGAUCAUAAAGGCUCAACUGACCGUGACAGAGGCUGGCCAGGUCCUUGUCACUGCCAUGCACCUUGUCCAAGCUGACCUGGAUACCCUGAAGAUAGCAGCUGAGCUCUUAUCUGCAAAGAACAACAUAAACUCACCCACUGUCUACAAUCUGGCUUUAUUAGCCUAUGGCUCAAUGGCAAAUAGAUUCUGUGUGGUGAACAAGGACUGCCCAGAUAUCAUUUUAAAGCCCCUCCAUGAUUUUGCUGCAGUUGCAUUAGAUACUGCGCAAGAGGAGGACACAAUCCUGGCAUUGAAAGCCAUCGGUAACGCAGGCAACCCGGCCAGUAUCAAGACCAUCAUGAAGAUUCUAUCUGGGCAUUCCUCUAUUGCUCCAGAGUUCCUGGCUAAAGUCCAAGUGGAUGCAAUAAUGGCCCUGAGGAAAAUUGCUCAGCAGGACCCAACACAUGUGCAAGAAAUCACGUUGGGUAUUUUCAUGGACCAGAGUCAGCAGCCUGAGGUUAGAAUGCUGGCAUCAGUGGUUCUGCUGGAAGCCAAGCCACCCUUAGCUUUGCUGACUACAGUAGCUGAAGCCUUAACACAUGAGACCAGUCUGCACGUGACCAGCUUUGUCUAUUCCCUCAUGAAGAGUCUGUCCAGGAGCACAACACCUGGGCAUGAAAAGCUAUCUGCUGCAUGUGAUGCUGCUGUAAAACUUCUCAGCCUCAAGCUUGAUCAGUUAAGCUACAGAUACAGCAAGUCUAUUUAUGUGAACCUGUAUAAAGGUGAUUUGAUGUUAGGAGCUGCAGUUAAUAUCCACCUUAUGAAGAGUUCAGCCAGCAUCAUCCCAAGGUUUUCUAUCUUCAAAGUUCAGACUUAUAUUCUGGGCAAAACUGCAGAGCCACUGGAGUUUGGCAUUCGCGCAGAAGGAAUCGAAGAUGUACUUAUGAAGAACAGUGGUGAAUCACACACAAUAUCCACAUCAGGGAACAUCCAAAGAAUUUUGCAGUUGGUUGUUAGAGGGCCGGUUUCUAACUACAGCAUCAUCUGGAAGGUAGUGGCAAUGCUGCAGGAAGGGAAGACACUGCAGUUCUCCAAUCGCUUCCUAGCAGCACAACUGAGAGCCAUCAUCCCCACCUGCAUUGGCCUGCCAGUGGAAAUUAGUCUGUUUUCCACUGCUGUCAUCAGUGCUUCGGUGACAGCUCAAACUAAGAUUAUGCCAACCCCAACGGGUGAGUCCAGUCUGGCACAGUUGCUCAGCUCUGAUGUCCACCUUUCAACUGAUGGCUCCAUGGGUAUGGCUGUGAGCACCAUUGCUACGAUGGGGAUCAACACAGAGUUCAUUCAAGCAGGAAAGGAGCUGCAUCUAAUGGUACAUGCCAUUGUCCCAGUCAAGUUCACCACUAAAGCUGAUAUAAAAGAGAAGAACCUGAAAGUGCAGUUUGAUCCUUGCAUACGAAAAACAGACCUACUGACUAUGAGAACUGAGGCCUUUGCAAUCACAAGAAAUAUUGAAGACCGGCAAGCAGACAAGAAGAUCCAGUUGCAGCCAGAAGCUCCAAAGAACAUUUUGAAGUCCCAUUUCAAACCAGAGUCCCUGCCAUCUGAAGAAAAAGACUCAGCUGCAAGUGUGAUACUGUCCGAUGAAAUCAUGUCCACAAAAACAGAGAUGCCAACGGAGGAGAAGAAGCCCCAUGUCCUAGUUGAUCAGGAAGACAUGUGUGCUGAAGCUCCAAAUUUUGGAUUCAAACAGUUGAAGAACAAUGCAAGACAGUUGAGGACCUCUUUCUCUUCUUCAAGUUCCACAAGCCUGUCUAACUCUGAGAGCAGCAAGUCAUCCCUCAAGCAAAUGAAUCUUAGGGAUACAUUCCCACCUUUGUUUGCCAUUGUAUCCCAUGCCAAGAGAAUUGAUGGAAGUCUGCAAGGCUAUGAGCUGGCUGUUUAUGUAGAUACCACUAUAUCCAAGCCCCAAGUACAGCUCCUGGCCAUGGAAAUGGGAAACACGGAGAAGGGACAUCUUUGUGUAAAUGCUGACCUGCAGAGCGAGUACAAGGCACUGAUGACAAUCUACACAUUGGCUGUUCCAGUUCCUAUUGCAAUGCCCACUGGUGACAUGCAAAGCCCUUCUGGUCUCACACCCAGUCUCAGUAAGACCUUAACCAAGCUUACCGAGUUAUCCAAAUCAAACUGUAUUGCAGAAGGAGGGAGAUUCAUGACCUUUGAUGGGGUGCAGUACCUGUAUGAUAUGCCCCACGGCUGUUUCCAUGUUCUUGCCCAGGAUUGUUUCUACGGACCCCGCUUCAUAAUCCUCAUUAAACAGCUCUCUAUGUCAGACCAUCUGCAAGUGGUGAAGGCCCACAUCAAUGAAAAUGAGAUUGAAAUAUUACCCUCAGUCAGUGGUAAGCUAACACUGAUAUAUAACAGACAUGAGAUCUUGUCAUCGAACCUUCCCUUCAUUAACACUCAAGAUGAGGUGGUGAUCAAAGCAGAGAACCAAGGUUUGGUGCUGCAUGCAGAGCGGUAUGGAUUGGAUGUAGUCUAUUUCGAUGGGAAGAGGACGGAGGUGAGGAUUAGCAGCAUCAUGAGGGGAAAGAUGUGUGGGCUGUGUGGCCGCAAUGAUGGAGAAACAAAACUGGAGUUCCGCAUGCCAGAUGCUAAUGUGGCUAGCAGCGCUGCCACGUUUGCCCACUCCUGGAUGUUGAGGCAUAACAGCUGCAGAGAAGGCUGUAAGCUCCAGCAGGACCAUGUGGGCCUCAAUAGGACUGUCUCCAUUAUGGGAGAGCUGUCCCGCUGUUAUUCCAUUGAGCCAGUGCUGAGCUGUGCCCCUGGGUGUGCCCCCACCCGCACAGCCCUCCUCAAUGUCAGUUUCCACUGCCUCCCUGAAGAGAACCCUGUUAAGAUGGAUAAAUAUGCCAGCCUGGUGGGGAAGAGAGUACACUUGGUGGAUCCUGUUGUGAUGCACACUGCGUGCUCCUGCCCGGCACGUCAUUGUACUGACUGA